GUCAUUCUCGCGACAAUGACCAUACACUCACACUACACGAGAGAACUAGCAGCCUGGGAAAGAGCACGUUUUAUGAGAAUGCCAUGUGAAGUAAAGCCUCGAUUUGUGUUACUUUAUGGCUCUCAAAAGGGUCAAGCUCAGUCCAUUGCAGAGGGGAUAUUUGAGGAGGCCGACAAACAUGGACUAGUGGCAGAGCUCAGCUGUUUGAAUGAGAAUGAAAAGUAUAAUUUAGAUAAAGAAAGUGCUCCUGUGGUUUUCAUUGUGUCUACUACUGGGGAUGGAGAACCGCCAGACAAUGCCCUUAAAUUUGUAAAGAGCAUAAAAAAGAAGACACUUCUUCCUGACCAUUACCAACAUCUGACUUAUGCACUUUUAGCUUUAGGAGACACAAAUUAUGCAAAUUUCUGUAAUUGUGGGAAGACAAUUGAGCGCCGUUUACAAGAACUUGGAGCCAAACAAUUUUAUGCAACAGGAUAUGCUGAUGACGGUGUUGGAUUGGAGCUGGUUGUAGAUCCUUGGAUUGAAGGACUGUGGGCAGCAAUUAAACUAGCAUCUGACAAAAUGGCAUCAGACAAAAAUGAACAGUUAAAAGAAAAUAUUGUUACACAAACUCCCACUGUACAAGACCUCACACUCAACCAGCUAAGCAUCAGUGAUCAGCCCAAUCCAGAAAAUACCUCAAAUAUAUCAUCAACUGGUGAACAUGCUGCAAUGGUUACACAAACUGCCGUUACUGAGUCCAAAUCUGCAUCAUCAGCGAGCGGGACAGACGUCACAAGUGCACCUUCGCUAACAAAUUCCGUACCUCCGCUAUCCGAUUUAGCUCUCAAUAUUCCUGCUUUACCUCCUUCCUUCUUGGACGUUGCUCUUCAGGAAGUAGAUCUAGAAGAUGAGACCCCUGGACCUCCAAAUAAAGAUGCCCUUUAUGAGGUGCCCAUCUCAAAAGCUGUUAAAAUGACCCGUGGGGAUGGUGUGAAGACGGCACUACUUUUUGAGCUGGACAUCUCUUGUUACCCAGCGGACUAUCAUCCUGGAGAUGCGUUUGAUGUGUUUUGCCCAAACAGAGCAGGUGAAGUGGAGAAGUUGCUGCACAGGUUAGGUCUUUGGGACAAAAGAAACCAUCACGUUUGUAUUUCACUGCUAAAGGACACAAAGAAAAAAGGUGCCCAGGUGCCAUCUCACAUCCCGGAUAACAUUUCACUGCUUUACCUGCUAACGUGGUGUAUAGAAAUAAGAAAUGUUCCCAAAAAGGCGUUUGUUCGGGCUCUGGUGGAGUAUACUGGGGACAGCACACAGAAGAGGAGACUACAGGAGCUGUGCAGUAGACAGGGAGCUACACACUAUAACAUGUUUGUACGAGAUCAAAACCUUAGCGUUCUGGAGCUGCUCUCUGCCUUUCCAUCCUGCCAGGCUCCGCUCAGCCUCCUCAUAGAGCACCUGCCUAAAUUGCAGCCCCGGCCAUACUCAGCUGCAAGCUCCUGUCUAAGAUACCCAGGAAAAGUGCAUUUUGUCUUCAGCGUGGUGGAGUUCCCAGCAUGCACUGGGCGGCCCGAUGGGAGGCGCGGCUUGUGUACUGGUUGGCUGUUUGACCUCAUCAGCACGACCCUGCAGUCCUCCGGCGGCCAGCUUCUGCCAAAGGUCCAUGUGAGUUUGCGGGCGAACUGCUCCUUUCGUCUUCCCUCUGACCCCUCUGUGCCUCUGGUGAUGAUCGGGCCAGGCACCGGAGUUGCACCCUUCAUCGGUUUUCUGCAGCACAGGUACAGUUUACUUUUCAGACAGUAUUUACCAGCAUUUGCAAUUAUAU